AUGGAAAUUAGUUGUUGCCUUUGUCUUGAAGGAACUCGAAUCAUUCUCGAGGAUGAAAUUGGGGGCGAAGACGAGGGAAGCUCGUACAAAUGUUGUAGAGGAGAUGUUCACGUUAAGCGUGCUUGUUUCUACGUGUCGAUUUCAGCUUUAGUUGUUUGUAUCUUUUCUACAAUAUGCAUGUUUUUCGGAGUAUAUACUGUCAACUUAUGGCUAGAUAUUUUUUUGAUUGUUGCAAAUACGGUUGUGGCCAUUCUCAUGAUGAUUGGGCUUUAUUAUGACAAAGCUGCCUUACUAGUUCCCUUUAUAGUAUCAGAAAUAGCGCAAUGCGUGUGUUUCUUCAUUCUCGCCAAUUAUGUUCUCUACUAUACAAUUGUUUUUCGGAGGCAGAAAUUCUAUCAAAAAUUUGAUCAAAUGUUGAUGGUGAUAUCUAUAUAUCUGGGAAUUGUAAUUUGCAUUGGUGCAAUAUGGGCUGCUACAAAAUGCUAUCAUUAUCUUCGACAAAAAGCUGAAGGGAUUUAUCCGGAUUCUGGAGAAAGAUGUAUGUGGGAGUGA